AUGGCGAUGAAGUCCGUACAAAUUGUCACCUUUGAAGGCGAGUUCACGUAAUCUCUAUUCAGGCAAGCCAUGAAGCCUUUCCUUGAGGUCUCCGGUUUGCGGUCCACCGAUUAUCAUAUUGUAGCAAUCAUAGGCUGUCAAAGUACAGGCAAAAGCACUCUCUUAAACAUGCUUUUUGGUACUGAUUUUGAUACACUAGAUGCUUAUAAAGGAAGAAACCAAACAACAAAAGGAAUUCACUUAGGAGCUAACUUGGAGUGUAAGACUCUGAUAAUUGACAUUGAAGGGACUGAUAGUCAAAUCAGAGGUGAUGAUGGCGCUGCUUUUGAGCACAUGUCUGCUUUAUUCGCUUUAGCUUGUGCCGAUGUCCUUAUGGUGAAUAUGUGGACAAGUGAAAUAGGCAGAUACAAGGCAGCCAGUGUAGGACUUCUUAAGACAAUUUUUGAAGUCAAUUUAAGGUUGUUCACAUUAGAAAAGAAAAAGAGGAUAUUAUUUGUGCUGACUCCCCCCCCCCCUCCGUGAGCGAACAAAAAAAUUUUGUUCGCUCACGGAGGGGGGUUAAUUUUUUUUUUUAAAAAAAAAUUUAUAUAUAAAUUUUAUAAAAAAUAUUUUUUUUCGAAAUUUAAAAAAAUCCUAAUUUGCAAAAAUUGGGAAGCAAAUAUUAAUUUAAUUUGCAAAAUUUAUGUUUUAAAACGCAAUUUGUUUAAAAUUAAACAGAAUUAGCUCUAGAUUUCAUUAUACUAAUUAUCACUUAUAUAUCCAAAUUUUUUUCCAUUAAAAUUUUUUCUAUUAAAAAAAUUUUUGUCCACUCACGGAGGGUGGGUUUUUGGUCAAAAAAUGGCGAUUUUUUCUAAUGGUUUUGUUCGCUCACGGAGGGGGGGGGGGGAGUGAGAGACUUCAACGAUCAGCAAAAUAACCUUACAGUGCUAAAGCAGCAAAUGAGCAGAACUUUGGAGGAGCUUUGGAGUAAAAUUAAAAAGCCAGAAAGCUAAGCCAUUUAUAUAAAAUUAAAACUUUUAUUUUAUUAUAACCAAUAGAAUUUUCUAUCUAUUAUAAGCAAAUAUAUAUCUUAUUAUCUGUAUUUGACUGCUUUGAUUUCGAGUUCAAGACUGUAUCAGUAAAAGAUUUCAAGCCUGAAGAAUUCAAAGCAGACAUUGACGACCUCCGAGACAGAUUUCACAACGAAGAAAGGAUGGAUUAUUUGUUCAGAUAUAAAGAUACAGACAUCCCACUUGAUGGAAUUCCACUAUACUUCCAAGAAAUUUGGACUGUUAUAGGGAAUGAUAAAGAUCUAAACAUCCCUUCACAAAAAGAAAUGCUGGCUAAUUUAAGAUGCAAUGAAAUAAAAUUCGAAGCUUUACGGCUAUUUACCACUGCAAUUGAGCCAACUGCAAAACUUAUUGGGAGAUGUACGGUACCAGAUUUUUCAACGAUUUUUUCUGAAAAAAUCAAAGAAGCCUUGGCAGAGUAUGACAAAAAUGGCUCAGCUUAUUAUGAAACCAUAUAUCUGAGCAUAAAAAAUGAGCUGAAUCAGCUACUGUUAGACCAAAUAAAAGACUUGUUCCAUUCUCAGAUGAGGUGUGUAGUAACAGAAAGUACAAAAUAUUUCAAAGAUACCUUGGAAAGUAAAAUAAACAAGGGCCAAGCUAUAGAAAAUUUUUCUGCCACCAUAUCUGAGGUGGAGCAGCUAACUCUUAGCCUUUUUGCUGUCAAUGCUCAAGCUAGUAUCAUUGAAAACAGUGGAUGGGAAACUGCAGAGUACGAAGCAGAAUUAAUGAAAUGAAUCGAAGAGAAAAAAUCAGUUGAAAAAGAAAAACAAUUAGAGCUUCUCCAAAAAGAAGUAAAAUCUGCCCUUUCAGGAAAAUUUUCAUUCAACGCCAAUAAGAUUUUAGAAAACCCCUUUGAUGACAACAUGUGGUCUAAGCUUAAAGAAUUCCAAGCCAGCACCAUGCAAGAGCUUGAAAGCAGAUACACAAACGUCCUUAAAGGCUUAGAUUUCUCAGAAGAUCAAAUCGCUUCAAAAUUGGCCGAAAUCAGAAGAGAAUGCUAUUCCACUCUAAAAUCCAAAGCCACCAAAUACUGCAACGGCCUCGUCGACCAACUGACGAAAAAAUUCAACCAACUUUUCUUAAAAAACGAAAACGGUAUUCCUAGAGAAUGGAAAAAUGCUCCGAUUGACGAAAUUUUUGCUCAAAGCAAAGACACAGUUUUAGCUACCUUAGAAAGUUUAAGACUAUUCAGAAUCGUCUGUGAGUGGGACACUGACCAUGGAGAGCAUGACUAUGAAGAAUUAAUUGGUGAAGAACAAUUCCACCUAAUCAUGGAAAGCUUCUUAAAAGACGCAGAAAUGGCUUACAAAGAAGCAGUCCACAUCAAAGAGUUCGGGUAUGCCAGAAACAAAGUAAAUGGCUGGUAUUUGCUGCUUAUCAUCAUUUUAGGGUGGAAUGAGUUUAUGUGGCUGCUGAAAAGUCCAAUCAUUUUGUAUCCACUUUUAUUUGUGUUCUCAAUUGUAGCCCUCAUGUUUUCUAUGGGGAUGGGCGCAGUGCCGAAGUUCAUUUUGAAGCAAGCCUUGAGCAAAGUUCCAUUCUUUUAA